CUGGAGCAGUGCAGUAAAGUGGUUACAUCCUCCUGACAAGAACCUCCUCAGAAGACGGUGAGAGGAUGGCUUUACCAAAGGCUGUAGGAUACGUGUUUAUUCUUCUGGCUAUGUGCUGCAUUCUGGAACAUCAAGGAAAUGGAGACUCUCUUAUUGUUUUCUCCGAGGAAGUAAACAAUACAAAAGGAUCCCCAAUUCAUGCCAGAGAAAAAAGAGCAACUCUCGCUAGUUCCACUGAUUAUGAGCUCCAAGCUGUUAUCAGCGUCUCCAAUGGGGAGAGUCUCCGACAGUUUUUGAACAAUCUCAGCUUUCCGUUAACAAUCAACGGCACAAGUGAAAUCACCAACAUUGACGUAACAACAAUGUGUUCAUCAACUAUGACUGGAUACCAGUGCAGAUGUGCAGAGAGCUUUGCUUGGUCGUAUGACACCUGCAUUAAAUAUGGAGCCUGUGACGCCAUCUUUGGUGAAAUGUGUGGAUGCAUUAACAGCAUCCCAGAUGACGGCCAGUACUGCCAACCAAACAUCAGUCAAACAGAUGCUGUGUUCAGUGAUUUAGUCCUUGACUUGCGCAUCCCAAUUUCCAGUGUGCCUGUACCCUCAAACUUUAUUAAAAUAUUCACGGAAACCCUGAGAAAUCUUUCCAUUCCUCAAAACAUCACUCCGUCUGUACUGCUGAUAGACGUAAAUUUCACCACAUGGUGCUAUCCAAACUUCACUGGAGGACUGCAGUGUCAAUGUCAGGACGAGUUUGCUUGGUCAUGUGGCAAGUGCAACACAUAUGGCACAUGCAGCAAUGACGCCAGACAAACCUGUGGGUGCAUAAAUGGGUUCCCUUCUGACGGACAAUUCUGUGAACCAGUUUCAAGUAUCAUUCCAUGUCCAGUCCCAACUCCAACUGUGAUGACGGACACGACUCCAGUGACAGCUACAAACUCAACAACAGAAAUAAUGACAGCAGUGCCAAACACAACAAACCUAAUUACGACAACAACCUCAAACACAACCGCGCAAAUGACAAUAACCGCAAACACAACGGUGCAAAUGCCGACAAUAAUGGUGAACACAACAACACCAAUGGCAACAACAACAACACCUGCAAGCACAACAAAACCAAUAAUGACAACAAUGUUAAAUACGACAAUACAAAUGCCGACAACAUUGGCAUCACCAGCCCUUCCUUCUACAAGGAGGACGUUUACCUUAACUCUAAACAUGGAUUUCAAUUCUUCAUUAAAUGACCCAAGCAGUAAAACUUUCCAAGAAAUUAAUUCAGCAAUUCGAAAUGAAAGUGAGGAACACAUCUCAACUCUACAAUCAGCAGAGUUAAUUUCAUUCAUAAGCGGAAGCACCAUUGCUAUUUAUAAUGUUAGUGCUGCAUCUUUUCAAGACACAGAAAUUGAAGCACUUAAAACUGGAUUAUUUACAACACUGCAAGACAGAUACCCCAUCUUAUUCGACAGUUCAGACCCCUUCAAAUUUGAGCCAACUCAAGUAUUUUUUGAGAAUUCAGUGAAUGUGACAUGUGGACCCCCACCAGAGAAUCUCAAUUUUGGUACAGACUGGAAAGCUGAGUGGAAACAUAAUCUCGACCCCAUACAAGAAGAUGAAAAUCACAAGAUUUCAGAACCAGAUGGGAUAGCCACAUUAACAGUGAUCAAAUUUUCCGAAGCUGACAAUGGACUUUAUGAAUGUAGGCUGAUCCGAGAUAACGAUUCAGGUUUCCGGCAGAAAUCCAGUUUCAACGUGUAUCCCACCACUCCAACAAACAAUGGUGUAAAUCUGGCCAUUCAGACCCUACAGAAACGAUCUCAGAACUUGAAUGCUGCUUCACUACCAGAUUUCUUGGAUGAGCUCAGCAACAUCACUGUCAACUCAACUCAGGAAGUUGCUACAUCUCCUGAUACCAUCAGGUCCAUUGUUCAAAUACUCAGAAAUGUAGCCAGUUUUAUAUCAUCAUUAAAUAUCUCAAUAAGCAGAACUUCAAUGGAGGAUGUGCUGUUAACUGUAGGUGUUCUCACCACAGAUGGGGCCAGAGAGUCAUGGAACUCUCUGAACACCAGAACCAUGUCAUCAACAAGAAGUAACGACUCCACCGCUGAAAGUGUCAGCUCAUUGUUGUUGCAGUCUCUUGAGACUAUAACAUUAGGCCUUACCAAUGGCACUUUUGACAUUGAUACUCCUUUUAUUAUCUUGAACCAAACUACAUUCACAGACACUUUCAGUGCUGACUUCAAUUCUUCAGUUGAGAUAGACAUACCAGAGUCUGAUGGAGGAAAUGAGUCAAUCACUGUUAUAACAUUCUCCUCAAUGGAUAAUGUACUCCCUGCAAGAGACGAAGGCAAUUCAUCCCUCAACAUUAUCAAUGGAAGGGUUGUACUUGUUCAGUCCAGUGGCACCAUCAAUAAUAUCUCACUCUCAUUUGAUGUCAUUAACAACACUCUUGACAAUCCUAAAUGUGUUUUCUGGAACUUCAGUUUCUUUGAUGGUCUUGGAGGAUGGGAUGACCAAGGCUGUGAGUUGGUAUCCAGUGUCAACGGAACAGUCACCUGCAACUGCAACCAUCUGACCUCCUUCUCUAUCCUUAUGUCACCCAGUGGUUUCAUUGACCCUGUCCUGGACUAUAUAACCUACAUUGGAGUUGGCAUAUCCAUCGGCUCCUUGGUCAUAUGUCUCAUCAUUGAAGCUGUCAUAUGGAGAAAAAUAAGGAAGAACAACACGUCUUACCUGCGUCAUGUUUCCAUUGUUAACAUUGCAAUGUCUCUUCUGAUUGCAGACAUUUGGUUUAUCAUCGGAGCAGUCAUUUCAAAGGAGGAAACAAACAUCCCAGCAUGCACUGCAGCUACAUUUUUUAUCCAUUUUUUCUACUUAUCCCUCUUCUUCUGGAUGUUAGCAUCAGGUCUGCUGUUGCUCUACCGCACCGUCACUGUCUUUGAAGGGGGUUUGUCUAAAACAUCUAUGUUGGCUAUUGGGUUCUCUCUAGGCUAUGGGGCACCCAUCAUCAUUGCAACCAUUACUAUAGCUGUAACUGCACCCAGAAAUGAAUACAUCCAAAGAACCGGAUCCUGCUGGCUCAACUGGUAUGAGUCCAAGGCUCUACUGGCAUUUGUGAUACCUGCACUGUCAAUUGUGCUGAUAAACCUCAUAAUCCUUCUUUUGGUGAUAUACAAAAUUUUGAGGAGAAGGGUGGGGAGUAAUGCUGCACAAACAGCUGAGAAGCACAUUCUUGUGGUCAUUGCCAGGAGUUUGGCUGUGCUCACACCAGUUUUUGGAUUAACUUGGGGUCUAGGAGUCGGAAUAUUGAUCAACCCAAACAACAGAGGAAUCCAUAUUGCAUUCGCAUUUUUCAACUCACUGCAGGGUUUCUUCAUAUUGGUGUUUGGAACACUGUUGGACAAAAAGGUGCGGUCAGAAUUAACAAUUGCAACACAAAAUUUCACAAGCGGAUCAAGGAGCACCAGUGCUGCAAACUUUUCAAGUGGACUGGGAUUUUUCCGGAACUGGAGACGAGAAAGAGAUGGCUACAACGUUUCAUCUGGUCCAACAUCCAGUGACUCUUUCACAAACACAUAAUAAUAUCUGGAGACUGCUCUGGUCAUUCUGCUCACUAAAAUAAGUGUGUACAUGUAUUCACACUGGCUGUGAUUAACUAUACCAUAAGAGUCUAUUUUCCACUACUGGAAGAGUCCAUUAUUGAUAAGAUUAACUGGAAUUGGACUUUUGUUUUAACAUCUGCUGCUACUUUGACUUAGCAGCAAAAAUAGGGAUGACUUCUACUCUGUUUUGCUGCUUGACUCUAUGUAAUAUAGCAAUGUGGACCCAAGUGGACCCUAACACGUUUUUAUUCACACAUUACAGCUGAUUUGAAUAUUGAACUUUUCUGUACUCUAAGACUAGACUUACAUAUUUCCUCACAAAUUUUUUAAUCUGUUUUGCAAUUGAUUACAGUUGACAUUGUGACUGAAAUGUAUCUCUAAUUAUGCCUUUAAUUUGUAAAACAGAGAUCUAUAAUUGCUUUCUAUUGUGAGUUGAUGAAUGAAAAACAUUUUUGUAGUUACAGUUAAAGCCUCUAAAAAGACAAUUUAAUAGGGCAUUCCAUUUACUGACUCCCCGUCAUCUCCUUGAUAUACUCCCCUGACUUAUGCAUUUGGUUUGAAGUUGGCCUAUAGUAUAAUUUUUCACAGCCUGAUUUACAGCUUCUUCAAAAAAAAAAAAAACCAACAACUUUCUCAUCACACCUUUCUGUUGUCCCAAUAGCUAGCUACCUUCUCUCAGCGUUGCCUUGAUCUUGCCCUUCAACAUCUUUAUUAGUGGAGGAUAUUGCGCAACCCAUUGCAGCUAUUCAUCUCCUAGGGCUGUUAUGGGUUGCUGUGGCAUAUUCCUGCUUUUUGGUCUCAGUGGCGGUCAUAGCAAAGAUUGUUUGUAAUGCUACUUUCAUGUCUUCCAGACUGAGAAUGCCCAUCCCCUGAUCUUGGUUUCUGAGGUUCUAGGUGUCUAGCUGCCCUUGUGUUGAGCUUGGAAGGCUUUGCAUUUCAGGGUUUCAAGGAUUUGCUAUUGAUCUUGUACAUCUUGCUAUUGGAGAUGCACACACUGAUCAGCUAAAUAAAUUUUUUUUAACACUU